CUAAUUGUGCGACUCUUUUCUUCUCAGCUUAACAGGCAGAGGAGGCCCGGCGGGACCUUUGUUUGCUCAAUGGAUCUUAAUACAGACUCUGAGAUGCUGUCCUCCCACGCUGCUUUUGAAGAGCCGGCGUUGGAGCAGGAGUCGUCCGGUUCUCACAGUCCAACAGGAAGUGGAGGAACCAUCAUGCUACAGCUGCUAGAAUUUAAAACUCAUCUACACGAGGUCAUCGAGGAGCUGCAAAUUCGAAGGGAUGGUGAGAAGCGUUUCGAGGACCAGAUCAGUGAGCUGGUGUUGGAGAAACAGGAGCUUGAGUGGGAGAAGGAAUCCUUACAACAUCAAAUUGAAACCAUGACAAAUCAGCACUCCGAGUCCCUCACCGCUGUUAAAAAACAGUUUCAGGUCAAAUUACAGCACACAGAGGAGGAGAAGGGGAAAUACCAGGUCUGCGCCGAGUUAAAAGACAAGGAGAUUAACAACUUAAAGGAAGAGCUGAAAUCACUGCAGUUGCUGAAGUUCAACUUGGAGAACAAAUCAAGUGAGCUGGAGCGAAAGCUGGCCCUGCAGAAUCGGACAAAGGACACCUACCUGAGCCAGCUGGGGGAGGUGGAGAAAAGAUACGCUGCCCUUUCCAGGCAAUACGCCGUGGUUCGGGAGGCUCAUGGGAAUCGAGAGCAAAAUGUUGAAGAGGCCAUGAAAAGAAAUGCCAAGCUGAGCUCUGCCAAUAAAAGACAAGAAGAAAUGAUUGUGGCGCUGAAAAAUGAGUUAGAUGAAGUCAGUAACAAACUCAUAAAAGAAAAGAUGAAAGUGGUGAUAAAUGAGAAGACCCACAGUUCUUCAGGGAGAGAGCAGCAUUUGCAGGUGCUGCAGCAGAAACUUAAAAUGGAAAGUGACGUGAACAAAAAGCUCCAGGAGGAGAACGAUGCCGAACGUUUUGAAAAGAAGGAGUUGAUGAGGUCUCUGCAGCAGAACCAGCAGCUGUUGUUGAAUCAGACUCAGACCGUGAGGCGACUAGAACAGGAGCUGCAGAGCCAGCGACAAAUGUUUCAGGCCCUUAAGGAAGAGCAGGAAGUGAUGCGGGAGAAAAGCAAAACGACGGAGGACGAGGUGGUCCAACUGACGGAGAGCUACGCCGCUUCCAGGACCAGCUGGGACAAAGAGAAGGCGAAGUUGCUGGAUCAGCUGAAGAGCGAGGAGGAGCAGCUGCGAGCGGCGACAGACGCUUGCAGAGACCUUCAAGAGAAACUUGUGGAGCUGUCAGUGAGAGCCGGGUCAGAGCUACGACUCGCUGACAAACAGAGGAUUAAAGACACUCAGAGUGUUUCUAAUGUCCGGUCCUCAUUGAUGGUAGAAGACAUUAGAUGUAAAGAAACACUAAACACUCACAUCUCCAGCUCUGAGCCUCCUGACCUCGACAGUCUGCAGGACUCAGACUCCCCUCAGACCAAAAGCUCAGAACCACUGGAGGACACUGGUGAAGGUCAAUACUUGUCAAAUCAUCAACAACAACCACAAGCAAACAAACACACCCGAAAUGAUCCAAAUACAUCAACAUGUGGAAACAACAAUCUGUCCAGCUUCCCUGAUAACACUCAAGCAGAACCAGAGAUGAAAAUACUGGAGACAAACUCAGAAAUGAGUGAAUUAAUUGUGUCAGAUGGGGGUCACAAGGCUGCAUCAAAUCCCGAGUGUGCGUCUCCGGCUGGAUGUGCAGAUUUACCGACCAGAAACACAGAUGAGGAGUGGAACAGAGGGAGGGACGAGCAGAGAACAGGUGAUAAAAGGCAACAGGAAAACAUCAGAGAGCUGCAGGAAACUGACGCAGAGCAAGAAGAAAAACAAGACGCGAAGGAUGGAAGACACCCGCAGGAAAAAUGCACCCUGACGGCACAAACAUCAGAUGGAGUUGACGUGCUUCAGGAUACGGAGGGGUCAGCAAAGGCAGCAGGGGAGACCGGCAACACUGAAACAGAAAUAAGAGAUAAAGGAGAGGGAGAAGUAACAGAUGGAGUGAAAGAGAAAGAACAGACAGCAGAGAGCACAACAGAAACUCCAGAAACACAGAUACCGGCUCUCACGACUGCUGAUACGGCUGAGAAGAGCCUCACACUGCAGGUCAAUGACUUCACGGACACUGGGCCGCCUCUGAAUGCAGAAAAUCUCUGUCAGAAAAUCACAGAGAACCAUUCUAACAAAUACAAGAUUGAUAGGAAAGAUAUAUGUAAAUCUGGAGAUGUGCAGUCGAAUUUCACUGAUGAAGUUCUAACUCUGUGUCAGGAUUCUGAGCCGCCAAACGACCAGUCAGAACCAACUACUCAGAACCAAAAACACGAAAACCAAUCCAGUGAAACUGCAGGUGUUUUUCCUUCUGGGUGUUUCGAAAACCUGUUACAAGCUGCUCCUCAAGAAAACAAGAUUCAAGAGAGUGAAACUAAUGAAACACAUAUCGAUGAUCCUCUCCAUAUUGAUCCUAAUAUGAAGGAAACAGAUGAAAACGAUACCUUUGAGAGUUUAAAAGGUGUGGCAGACGAGGCAAAUACAGCAACAGGAAGUACACAAGAGCAUAUGAAAUCUGACGGAGACGUCGCUGAAAAGAAAGCUGAUUUGAAGCAACUUGCGAGUCAUAAAAUAGUUGAAUCAUCAGAGGCGGGCAGCUUAAAAUGCCUCCAGCAGCCUCUAAUACAGAUGAAAUCUGGUUCUUCUGUGUCGACUCUGAGCAGCAAAAAGACCUCCACAUCAGUGUUUGAGUGGGGCACCGCUCAGAGGAAACCAUUCAGCUCUAGAGCAAACUCAGAUUUCUCCAUCCUGCACAAGUUAAUCCAGGGAACCCCUGUCUCAGAGUCAGGACCAAGUACACUAGGUCAACCCCUCAGCCUAACAUCCCCUCCUGUCAAAAUCAAACACAACAAAGUUCCCGUGGGGAUUACCAGUGUCUCUGGAGCUGCAGCUUACCUGAGGAACCAACAACAGGAAGAGAAAUUAAAGGAGGCCUGCAGAGAGACAGCAGCGAACACGGACAGGAGACGUCCUUUGUUCAUCAGUUCUUUUCCGGUUUCCUGCACAGGCAGCCAAGUGUCACAUCAGACCAGCUCAGAAGCUCCAAGCCCGGCUGCAGGUUCUGGUUCAGAGUCAGACCUGGGACCUUCUUUUUCUCAGGAGAGUGAAGAUAAGGAGUCAUUGUUCAGAGCCCGGAUCUCCAAAAUUGAACAGUUCCUCAAAGCUGAGAGGCUCCGACUGCUCAAAAGGCCUUGGACUGACAACUGAGCCAUCAGAUACUGAAGGUAUAUCAAGGUCACCAACAUAAAAUAAGCCCCAAAAGUUUUCAAGUUAAUAUUUAUUAUUAUUAAAUUUUAGUUUGUGAUUCUUGGGUUAAAACAGUGUCUGUUUUACAAACAUGUUUUUUUUCUCUCUGCUGGUUAU